AUGAGCACGACGCCAGCCAACAAGCGCGACCUCGAGUUCAAGGUCCUACGGCAACGACGAGCGUUCGCAUCCUAUCUUCAUGAACGCUACAACUGGCUGCCGCAACCAGCACACUGCAGCGCUCUUGUCACAAAAUUCGCUUCAGCGACCAAAACCGAACCGCUCCAAAGUCAUAAGGAGAAAAAUUUUUGCUUCUGCAUAUCAAUGCGAGAGUUUCUCUGCGCUCUAACACCGAACACAUGCGAAUUCGCCGAUACUCCGUGGAAGCCAGGCACUACUGAUACGCAGCGAAAACCACGAAUCCAUGUCAAAGGAAGUGCAACUGAGCAUUUGGCAUCUUGCCAACCACCUGUACUUGGCAUUUUGCGUGAAACUUUGCUUGGAAUUAGUGUUAUAGAAGAUUGUAUUGAAGUGUGGCGAAGGUUCGUUGGUUGUCAAGGAAGAGACAACUCUAUGACGAUGGAAUGUGCUACUUUGAAAAGCUUCUUCACAGCUGAUUACGACGACAGCGAGAUUUUGUUCUUUUGCUACCUCAAAGUCAAUCCGGAAAGUCGGUCUUAG